GGGAAAAAAUGUACCCUACCCCCACACAUAGUAAAUUGCUUGAGGGGUGCAAUUAAAAAAUGAUUUUCAUCCUGUCUUUUUUGCAUGGUUUAACAAAACUAAUGUUUACGCAUUUACAGCUCAGUAAGAGGAUAAUGUGCUUAAUGAAAGAAAAAUCCACUGACAGCCACGUUUAUUGCCCUUCAUUAGCAUUGGUGCUUAAUUUAAUAUAGAUCUGAAUAGACAUUAGGGAGCCUGCAGGAGGUUAAAUGGUGAAAAUAUAAUAAAUUAAAUCAGAGAUUAUUGAAUUUACUGUUUAGUUUCUGUGACACUCAACAGACAUAAUUCAUUAGACUUAUUCUCUCAGAAAAUAGUUCAAAGUUUCAAGUAUCAUUUAUUCAUUUAUACUCUUGGUCUUUUUUCAGAUGGCAUUAACAUAAUUAUGGAAAUGUGGCCAGUAAUGAACAUAUAAUUCUUAUAUACAUGUGAUUUUCCUAAUACAAUUUUUUAUAAGAUAAAUGCUGCAGCUUGACUUUUAACCUUGAAAUUUUCGUAUUAUAUUUUAUAUAUAUAAAAGUAACAUAUAAAAUAUGUUAUAAUAAUGUAAAUUAUAUAUACAAAAUACAAAUAUGUAUAUUUUAGAUUACUUAUAGGUGAGGUCUUUUUAAAAAGACUGUUGUUUCUAACAUUUCAGAAAUGUGGAGAUUUUCUAAAAUAAAGAAACCUUUUUUUCUUCAGUGGGAGAGAAUACAUUUUAAGUGAGAAAUAAAAGUACCACUGUCUAAGAAUAUUCUACCAAGCAUGUAUGUCAUACCCAGAGUCUGUUACCUAGUGCUGUAUAUGGUAAUCUCAUUUAAAAGACAUAAGAACUUUGCCAUAAUACAAAUUCAGUGUAUCUAACUGCUGUACUCUCCUCUGCUUUUUAAACCUUAUUAGAAUUUUUUUUUCUGCUGUUAAGCUAGUGAACCAAAGGCAAGUCUAGGCAGUAAUUGCAUAAGUAGAAGAAAAACAAUUUUGGAGUUCAUUACAGAUGAAAUGAUGAAAAUUCUUCCUCUAUUAAUGUUAUUGUAUAAAGUAAUACUAGAAUUUCUUUGAGGAUACUUGAUUAUUAGGAAAUAAAUAACUUGAAUUCAAUAGAAAGUUCAAGAUAAUUCGAUCCUUGCAAAGAAACUUGUUGCUACAAUACUCAGUAAAAAUUACCUAUGUAGUAGCUUAGACCCAUAUAUUUUUCAAAUUUUGCUUUAAUUUUAAAAUAUGGCUGCUUUUAUUCUGUAUUCAUUGAAUCAUCUGCUUGCUUAAAAGCAUGAGUCUUUGUGGGUAAAUGUUUCUGUGACUUUUUUAUAUUCAGAUAUAUAUGUAAUGAAUGCUUCCUUAAGAUUGUUGAUUAUUUUUAUUAAUAAGAAGUACUUGCCUUUCUUAUGAUGAUGGUAUUAUAGAAGAGAUAUAUAAACAUUAUUUAUAGCUCUGCUUCUUAGAGGAUCUCCUGGACAUGUUUCCCUAAAAUAACAUGAUUAUACAAAUGACUAAGCUUAGUGGAUGAUUUUUAAAUGUACAAAAUGAAUUUCCUCCUACUUUUUGUUUUCUCUUUUAUUCUUUUAAAGCCAAGUCUAGAACAAAAAACUUCUGUGCUUUGUCUGCAUAUCUUUGGCUGUGUUUCACUGUGACAUGCACUGCUGUUCUUUUAGCACCAAAAUGUUGGCACACACUCCUGAAAAUUUCACACCAUCUCUUGCUGGAUCAGCAAGCUUAACCCACCAAAAUCUGGUGUUGUGGAAUGGUUUUUGACUGAUAAUCAAUCUUUAUGCUGCUCGACAGUUGUUGCUGGGACACAGAGUAGAGCAGGUGGCAGAUGUGCCUUGUCUUUUGAGAAAAGAAAUUGUAGGUAAGCUUGGACACAGACUAGCAUAUCACAUGUCCGUUAAAAAGACUUAAGGUAUAAUGGGGGGAAAGCCACUCAUCUGAGUUAAGCUUAUAGAUAAGCCUAUAAGCCUAAAGACUGAUAUUUGGUUUCUUUUAGAACAAGAAUAUAAAUGCAAAUAAUUUAUUAUAUAUAUGCAAUUUAUUAUAUAUGUAUUUAUUUAGAGAGGCAUGUAGGGAGAUUUCAUAUAUAUUACGUACAUAUUCACAUAUACUUUUUCAUAUAAGGUUAAAAUUACCUUUCUUGCAUGAGUUUUAUAGAUAAUCAAUAAUAUGCCAACUUGUCAUGAGUGUACCAUAAAAAUAAAACAUGAGUGAAUAGCUUUAAAGAUGGUAGAUAAAUUUAAAGUAGGGAAGCAUUCUCUGAAGUUGAAAAAAUGUACUUUCUAAGGGUAACUAGGAGGAAAACACCUGGCAAAAUGUGGUGUUACUGUUGUAUCUUUCCAAAUAAACAUAAAUAUUUUAUGUACAAUUAACAUCAGGCAUUAGAGUCAGUAAUUGGUCAUUAAUUUGAUACACUGAUUUUUAUUCAUUCAGCAAACAUUCAUUGAGCGCUUACUAUGUCCCAGGUACUAGGCCAGAUCAGAGACAGACUCAGUCUCACUCAUGUCAUUAUUCCUUCAUCUCUGAUUUCCAAAUUAAAAAAGAAAGAAUUAAAACAAAUCCUUUGUGUCCUCCCAAGGAAAAUUUACUUUAUUUCUGGCACAGAAAGACCAAGUAAGUCUCUGUAUAUUUUAACAAUUAUAAUUCCCUGCUUCAUUUUUUUUUUUUAUUUUUUGGAAAAGCAGUGUAAUUAGUGAAAAUUGCCUUACAGUUACUUCCAGAUUUACUGAGGUAGAAAGAGACCUGUAGAACAUCUCUGAUUUUUUAACUUCAUUACUACCCCUUUUGAGCAUCAUUGUUGACAACCAGAGGCACUGGAUUUAAUAGAAAGCCAGAGAGCUAUUCAUCACAUACCUCUAAACACAAAGCUUUCAUAUAGAGGUCAAGCCAAGGUCAUGUCUGUUGAAAUGCAAUAUUAGAGUAAUUCUUACAUUUGAAGUUGAAUGCCUAAGCAGAAAGAUUAACUGUGGGAAAAACAGAAAUAAUUUUUAUAAGUAUUGUUGAUGAAGACCAACUAUCUUAUUAGGUCUUAUAAUUCUGGCAUUUGAAGAUUCUGAAAUUUAUUAAUGAUUCCUCUAGAAUUGUGAAGAUGUAGUUAAUGGAUUGUUUGAGAAGACAUUUUUAAUGAUCUCAGAUUCUUGGGCAUCCAGUUUAGGUUUUAUUUACAGUUUCCUGGACUUUCUGCUUAAUGGUGGCAUAGUGAAAAUUCUUGCAUCAGAUUCAUGGGGCAUAUGAGUUCAGCUCCUUUAUAACUGCUAGGAGCGUAGGCAGUGCAAACCUAGCAUAAGAAAAGGUUCAUGCCCUCCAGUUGCUUAAGUGUCUUAAUGAAGAUGAGGGAAAAAACCUGUUUGGACCUAAUUUAUUAGGUCCAAAUUUCAUUAUAUGGAGUUCUGAUUGUUUAAUUCUUUUUCAGUUUUUUAUUUCCAUUCUUUCCUAUAUAUCCUAUUCUAUUAUUUGGCUUUCAGAGUUAUCAUUUACAGUGAUUCAUUUCAGUCCUGAGUUUUGUUAACAAGAAGUGAAACUGAGUAUUAUGAAUAGGAUUUUACAUCUUUUAAAUACUGUAUUGUGAAGAUGUAGUCACUGAAAAAAUAUCCAUGAAAAGAGUUCUUGAUACUACACCUAAGAUCUAAAUUUAAACCUAGAGAUUUCUGCUAACUGCCAUGUGAUCUACAAAAUGAAAUAAUUUGCUGUGACAGCUUGUGAUUGACAAGAAUAUGUGUGAGCACAUUUAAAAUAGGCCAUCUUUUCAUGUAGAAGUAAAUGUCAGUGAAAUGAUGGAUUCUCAUCAUUUUAAUUAUUGAUGAUUUGGAAAUAUUUCAAUUCCACGACACACAAGACACAUUCUAAAUAGCAGCAUAACACUUUUUCUCUUAUCUGCGUCAAUAAUGAAAUGUUCUGUCAUAUUUUGUUUUUCAAAAAAUGCAUUAAUUUAAUGAACCUGAAUUCAUGCAUUAUAUUCUGUUCCAUUAUAUGUCUCCUGAAUUUGUUGAUUUUUAAAUGGUUGUGUUAAAAGCACAAGUUUUAAGAAGUGACCCACUGCCCAUAUCACACCUUUCUAUUCUUACUGCUGGAUCACAAGACAGUGCUACAGUGCUGUCUACAUGGCUGCUUUAGUCCUGCCAAAGCUAAUACUGGCCUUUGUGAUGCUCACCCAUGGGGUGACCAACCACGACUUAAUUCUGGCAGCUGCAGCAGGAGUUAGGGUGUAUGUUUUCAAAUUCUCUAUUAACAUAUUAUUUGAACAAUAUAUUAUUAGGUAAGAUUGUCUAUCUUAUCUUCCAUACAUUCAAAAGCAGGAAAAUAUUAUCUUUAGAAAGAAAAUCUCUUCUGAGACAGCACAUGAUUCUCCUAUUUCUAUAAGUGGGGGUAAAACUAUAGGCAUAUAUUUUGUGUAUUUCCCUAUUCCAAAAGACUUAAACUAGUAUCAUUACAAGAAAUGGACCCCCCCACCACCCCCCAGAAAAAUCCUUAGCAAAUAGGAAAAUUUAGAGCAUGCAUAUGGCAGCAUCUCCUUACACUGUCAAAAUAUCAAAUUGAGAAACAUCUAAAUUCUUGACAUAUUCAUGAAUUGUCGAAUUUGUAUAUAUUGUAUAUACGUACAUGGAGGCUAUACUUGUUUAAUGAAGAUGCCUGCACACUUGUAACUAUCCUGAUAAUUUGAAUACUUUCUGCAUGCCAUAAACUCAGCCUGUGCUUCAAGUGUAUUUUACUUUCUCCUUACAAUUCCUGAGUUAGUGCUACAAAUCCACAGUCUUAUAUGCAAUUAAAAAACCCCAAAUUGCAGAUGACAUACAAUUUUUUCAUAACUCAUUUGAUAGUAGAAUCUUAUUUGGUAUGACUAAUCGAUUAUUUUGUUGAAAAAUAAUGUGUUUGAUUAUGGGCUGCUACCUUAGACCUUGCUGGGGAUAUUACAUAAUAUUUGAUACAUGCAACGUAUUAACAUUUUUGAAAUAACAAAAUUUUCUAUUUUUGGAAUCACAUCUAACCUUAAGGGUUUUGGAUAAGGUCUUUUGUCAUAGCUACGAAGAAAUCUGAUAAAUUUUAAUUCUUAUUAGGAUAUUAACUCAGAAGGGUUGUUCUAAAUACUGUCUUUAUCAUCUUGAGUUGUUUGCUACUUGGGUAAAGCAGAUGUAGAGACUAUCUCCCUGACUAGAGCUGAAAGACUGUGUGGGAAAAAAAAAAUCAUGGUUCUUUGUCUGAGGGGGCAGAGGAAAAGUUAAAGAGAGACCAUUCAUUCAUUCAUUCAGUCAUUUCAUCAAGAAAUAUUUAUCAAGCUCUACAAUGUGCCAGGCAUUGUUCCAAGCCUUAGGGAUAUGGCGUGAACCAGACAGAGGUCUCAUGGAGCUUGUGUUCCAGUAAGGCCAAAGAAGCAACAGACAUAAGCCUAUAGAGAACUAAAUAAGACAUUUAUUGACAGUGUUAAGUGUUACAAAGGAAAUGAAAAGGGUGGUAUCAUAAGAACAAAUAAUGUCAUGGAAACAAAAGGAGGGAAUUUAAAAACUGAAACAGUCAUUUGCAGUAAUAUUUAAAUCAGAUCUUUUAGGCAGUUGUCUACCUACCCUGUUUGCAACUUUACCUGAGAAUUCAUUUAUAUAUUCUAUAUGUACUCUUUCAGGGUUUUGCCUUCCAAAACAUUUGUUUUUGAAGCUUUCAAAUAUCUAUUAGGAGAGACAUUAGAAAAGCAUAAUUUAGGAGUUCCCGCCAUGGCGCAGUGGCUAAUGAAUCCAACUAGGAACCAUGAGGUUGAGGGUUCGAUCCCUGCCCUUGCUCAGUGGGUUAAUGAUCCGGCGUUGCCGUGAGCUGUGGUGUAGGUCGCAGAUGUGGCUCGGAUCCCGCGUUGCUGUGGCUCUGGCGUAGGCUGUCAGCUACAGCUCUGAUUAGACCUCUAGCCUGGGAACCUCCAUAUGCUGUGGGAGCGGCCCAAGAAAUGGCAAAAAGACAAAUAAAUAAAUAAAUAAAUAAAUAAAAUAAAUUAAAAAAAAAAGAAAAGCAUAAUUUAGUGGGAAGAAUGCUAUACUUGAAGUCAGGUGAUCUUGCAAGUUUCUAGUCCCUGUUAGGAGACCUUGGGCAGAUUGGUCUGUGCUUCAGUGUCCUUACCUGUAUAACAAAGGUAAUAAUAUCUUAUAGAAUUAAUAUUUUCUUAUUUUUCUAAAAAAAGAUAAAUUAUUUGAAAAUUAAAUAUCUAUAAGCCCCAUUUAAAUAGAACAUUGAGAAACACAACUAAGAUUCCAGAGGCUGUUAGAAUCUCAAUGCUAUUAAUCAGAACUUUGUGUCCACUCUUACCUUCCCAGAAUAUCUGCCUAGGUUCAGGACAAUAGCAACAACAACAAAAUCAUUUGGGAGUUCCCUGGUGGUUCAGUGGGUUAAAGAUUCAGCAUGGUCACUGCAGUGGCUCUGGUUACUGCUGUGGCACAAGUUCGAUCCCUGGCCCAGGAACUUCUGCAUGCCCCGUGAAUAUGGCCAAAAACAAAAAUAAUUUAUCUCUACUUUUUCAUCACUGCCAGGGAUGCAAACUACUCUGUGAACCUCAACAAGUCACUUAACCUCACUAAGCCUCAUUUUCCUUAUCCAGAAGUUGAGCCCAACAGUAGAUGCCUUAUGGUAUCAUUAUGAGGAGUAAGUAAGAUGAUGUGUGUAAAAGACUGCUGUAUAUUAUAGGCAUCUAAAAUGUUGUAUUUCCACCUGCUCUUUAUCUGUUUUCCUUCUUUUGCUCCAGCUUUUGCUCGACACCUUUCCACCAGCUUUUCAUACAGGCAGUCAUAAGUACCUGAUUUUACUACCAAAGGUAUUUGCUAAGUCCAAGGUCUUAAAAUAUAUACCACCAAAUAAAAUUUCUACUGAGCACUUAUUUAUACUGCAUAGUAUAGGAACCUACUUUAGAGCCUUUGAACUCUCACUAUAUUAUGCUUUUUUUCCUGGAGAAUUUUUCUAGGAUGUAAGUUAAAAUCAAGUCCCUUUUUAUAAAAGGAGCCCCAAGUGGCUUUGCUCUGCUCUAUUCCAAGAGUCGUAUUUUAAAAUGUGUUUAUGACCCAAGGCUAGCCUUAAGUUUAAGCUGCCAUAACUUAUUUCAAGAAAGUUCAUAGAAAAGUUCAGGGAAAGUGUGACAACAUUUUGAUUGGCACAAUAGAUGGGAUGUUUGUAAUUUUAAUCAAAUUUAAAUUGAAGACAUACUUCAAGUGAUAUGUCAGACUAGUGUUAGUGAGUUAAAAUCUAAUGACAACCACUGUCAUUAUUAGUUAAGGAUAACCAUCACGCCUAUAGCAAUAAAUGAUGACACUUAAGAACAUGCAGAAACAAAGAACGCAAGUAUUUACAGAAAAGGGAGUGACUAGAAACUCAGUUGAACACAGGAAUGUGACCUGGAUUUAAUCUGUUUACCAAACAUAGAAGCAAUUGUAUUUUGAGCUGAUGAUAUAAUUGAAUAUAGCAGUAUGUUUUCUUACUGUCAGAGCAUUUAUAUUUUAUAAACUCAUCUUGUGCCCAUGAAACGAUGUGCUUGUUCAUAUUUAAUGUCAUUAUCUAUAUUUACUUGACAGUCAGAGCAUUAAUGUAUUUUUGAGUUUAUUGCCCAACUACAGGAGAAUGGGUUUUUAAAAAUAAGAUUUUUAAUGAGCUCAUGGAUUUGAAGUUGCAAGUUUGCUGGUUUUAUUCUGGUGACAGAAGAAAGCAGUAUUCUCUUUGCCUAGCACAUAUGAAGUGGAAAAUUAUGAGGUGGUGAGCACUAAGAUUUAUUUAAUUUUAUGGUAGGCAUUGACUUAAAAAAUGUGGUGAUAUUGUAGAUACACCUUCUAAUGCAGAGGUGGGCUAGAAAGCACUUUAUCUUUCUCAUGAUUGGUUAUAAGUAGAACCAUGAAAAUAAAAUAGGAUGUGGGCUCUUUAAAAUAAAAUGUAAACUCUGGUUGGGGUGUAAUGUACUCUGAGUACUGCAAGAGAGUAAGUGUAUGAAUGUAAACAGUCAAGGGGACUUGGUGGGGAUGUAGCCCUUUAAGGGAGUUUUCCCCAAAGUUAGGCUAAAGCUUCACUGGAACUUCACCAGAGUUCAGGCGCUACCUCUAUCCUUACUCGGUGGGCUCUUAACUUUCUAGAGAGAAAGACUGGGACAGGUCUGGUCAUGAUGCUUUGGAACCCAGUAGGUGUAGCUAGCAAGUUUAAAGGAGAGGACCAGAUGUGAGGUGAGGCUCGGACCCCUUCUUUGGCAAGUGGGUGUUAAUGAGGAGGAGAUUGAAGAACUCUCCAAAAAGGAACUCCAAGGCUCCUGCUUUUGAGAUUUGUGGAUGAAUAGGCAUUGUAUGUAUGGUCCUACUCUCUAGGGAAGCCCCCACUGGAAAGGAUAAGCUCAUUCUCAGUGUCCCCUUUUGUAAUCUUCAGAUUUGUAAUUACCAGUGAAAUAAAAUGUCUUUUCUCCCCUCUACUUAGGGCGUGAACCAUGGCUGCCUUGUUCACCAUCGUCUUUUGGCACAGGACCUGAUACUUAAUAGAUGCUCACUAAAUAUUGCUCAGUGAUUGGCUGAAGGACCACAUAGACCAUCUGUUGUUGAUGAAGAAAGUUACUUGGACAAUGAAUGGGCUGAUGUUUCCUACUGAUAUCAAAAGACGGAAAACCAAGCCUGUUCUUUCUAGUAGAAUGAAGAAACUUACUGAGAAGACUUCAGCCCGAAUUCUUUUCUUUAAGAAUGGCAUGGGGCAGGAUGGGCAUGAGAUAACAGUGGGAAAGGAAACAAUGAAAAAGGUUUUAGAUAUUUGCACAAUGAGAAUGAACCUAAAUUCACCAGCCAGAUAUCUUUAUGAUUUGUAUGGCAGAAAAAUUAAAGAUAUUUCAAAAGUUCCUCUGCUUGAAAAAUGCCUGCAAAAUUCCAUCACACCUUUGCGGGGACCAGUUUGGGUCUCUAAGGGAGAAGGUUUCAGCCCCUCAGGAGCUAAGAUGUACAUCCAAGGAGUUCUUUUGGCCUUGUACCAACGAUUAAAGUCUGCAAAAAAAUUUUAUAAACAGUUGAAUCUGGCUGCAGAUGAACAGAAAGGGAAAAUUACUGAAAAAGUCAUUCUUUCAAUGACAGCGAAGGAACACCAUCAGGCACAAGAAGAAGUGAACAGGCUGAUUGAUGAAUUGCAGACAGCUAUCAAAAGCCACAGAGGUCAUCUCUCUAAACUUGGCCCCCAAUUACAGGCUGAGCAGGAGCAAUUCUCCUCUUAUGUCUACCAACACAUUAAAAGCCUACCAGCAAACACUCUUAUCCCAGGGGGCCUGCAGCUCAAGAUAUUUGAAAGUGGUAAAGAUACUGGAGAGAUCUCUGUUUAUAUCAGCAAAAAAGAUCUGGGGCCAAAUAACCCAUCUCAAACCGGCCAUAUGAUGGAAAGACUACUUCUCAAGAUUCAUCAAAGGCUUCAAGGUUCUUCCAUCAACCCACCAAGCCUCAAUUUUUCUUCAGCCCGGCUUUUUGAUGAACAUGGUCAAGAAAUUAAGAAUCCACUCUUGCUGAAGAAUGAACAAAAAAUUUGGGUCUCUUAUGGUAAAGCAUACAGAUCUCCACUACACCCUGUUUUGGGUUUGACCUUUGACCGAGUGACUGCAUUUGCCAGAGGUGGCAUUAUAGUUGCAUAUAAAACCUUCCUGGAUCCUAAUGCUGUUCUUCUACCUGGAUGUGACAAUUGGGAAAUUUGUGAAGGAUUUCCAGUUAAUCUCAAUGGCACCAGUCAACAGAUGCCUGAUCAAUUUGAAACGGUGAACUCAGAGAACCAUUUCCUACAGAACAAGGCGGACCCCAAUAUGGUCCUUCAUGCCUCUGUUUCCAUCAGAAAACAGAGUUUCUCAAGUAGUGAAGAGAGCAGUGGGAGUCAGAAAGCACCAUUGACGCUGUGGCCUGCAGCCAGUGUGUGGCUGAUCACAAAGACUGGAAUGAUCCUGAGCCGAGCGAUAACUCAGGGCUGUCUGGCUAUUGGUCAUCCAAUCAGACUCAAGGCCGCUGAGGGAACAUCACUAGAAGGAUACAAAUUAAUCCUACAGAAAAGAAAUAAAGGAGAUGAUUCUCAGAAGUGGAUAUUUGGAAUUGACAGCUGCAUUUAUUCUAAGGCUUAUCCUCAGUUUGUUCUGACCUACCUAGAGGAGCUAAAUGCACAAGUGGAUGUGACCCAGACAGAGUAUCACCUUCACCAUGGUGCCUGGACCGCAGCUCAUUGGGAACAUGGCAGCAGCGUAGCAGAAGAGGUUCUACAAAGCAGCGCCAGUAUCCCUGGUCUGAAGCAGCUGCCAGAGCCUUCAGAUGCCCACUUAAUGCCAGAAGGUUCUCUUGGGGAGACAGGGCAGCUGACAGUGGCACUGGUGAGGAAACUGGAAGAGAAACAUCCUAAGGCUUCUGCUCAGAGGUGGUCCAUAAAACAUGAAGGGACUGGUAAGCCAGGCCAGUGGAAACAUUCCAGAGUUGAAAAUCCUCUCUGGAAUAAGCUUACUUACAUGUGGCCAGUCCUUCCCAGCGGUCAACUUAAUGAGGAGUUUGAUUGGCCAAUAGAAGGACUGCUUCUUCCAAACAGUCCUCCCAUGAAGAAACCCAUCUGUAAGACACCGAAGCAAUAUGUCCCUGUGAGACUCAGAGUUUUGCAGAAUGGAGACAAGAACAAAACCAGAGCCCUUACUAUAAUCAGUCCAGGCAAAUCACCUGAGCAGAAAAUGCAAAAUGUUGACACUGAAAGGAAAGGAAAUGUUAAAAAUGCUUAUGUUACUAAAUAUUCUGAAACAGAAACAAACCAGGCUGGAUUUCACCAACUCUUGGAGAGGUGCACUGAAAUUUUAAAUUUACCUUCUGCAGCUCGGAGAUUGUUCAAUGAAAAGGGGAAAGAAAUCUUCAACUUAAAAGACCUUCAGAGAGAUGAGCUGGUGUAUGUUUCAUGUGGAGAACAUUGGAUCAAUCCUGACCUGUCCAUUGCUCAGCAAAAGAAGCAAAUCUUCCUGAGGAACUUAGCAUCAGAUAUUUCUAAAAUUCAUACCUUCUGCAGUACACAUAAAAUAGAGGCUCUUGUUUUAGAAGUCCAAAGUGACAUUGUGGCAGGAGCCAAGCUUGCUGUGCAUAAACCAGUUCCUGGAGAAGAGAAGCAAAUUAUAGAACCAGAGGAAAAGCAAAUGCAAAAAAAUGCUUUAACAACGGAAAAUGCUUCCAGUGAAAUUCUAGAUUCACAUGCAAGAGCCCAUCUCCGAGUGAAGGCUUGUCACACACUUCUCAGGUAUGCCUGGCAGGAAACUUCUCAUAACUUUGAUGAGGAUGACAGCCUUCCAAAGAAAACGGAAGAAGAGCUCUUUGAAAACAUGGAACUAGAGAAUAAAUACAGCCAUUCUCCCAAACAGAGUAAACUGCAGAAACUUCGCCGCCAGCAGUUUGAGUACAGAGAUGGGCAAAUUAUAAGCUGCGCUGCUCCUCAGCUAGUCUUGGGGGUGCAAAGCCCCAACCCUCAUUCAGGCACAGAGGUGGUUUUGGUGGAUAAAAAAGCAGAUGAUAGUCAUCAACGCUGGUUGCAUGAGGAAGACAGCAGGACCUUUCACCUGGUGAGCAACCCAGACCUUGUGCUGGCUGUGUCUAUGACCAAGGCUAGAGAUGAUGCCUGUGGCUAUCCAGUUAUUGCUCAGAAAUAUAAACCAUAUGACAAUGGGACUUCUAAUCAAAAGUGGAAUUACCUGAAAAAUAAGAAAGCUUUUAUGGCCUUUCAUAGCACUGCAAUGGAUAAGGAAAUCACAGCAGCAAAUUAUGCUGGUAUUUGUACAUCCUCUGUGAUUAAAGAAGAAAACAUUGAUCAACCAGGAUACUACUAUGUCUCACCCAAUGGAAAGAGAAAAAUAAUGCUCUGUUUGGCAUGUGGACAAUCCAUGAGAGCAGAGAAGGGACUGAAACAGUUGCUUCCAGGGCAGCCAUUCCUCUGUGCCUCAGGCUCCAAGACCCAGAAGCCCUUCUCACGGGGACCUUUCAAGGUCAUCAGUGUGGCCAAGGCUGAUUUAUCUUCUGAUGAGGCUGAAAACACUUUAAGUUAUUAUGAAGAGUGUCUAUUAUCUUUACGGAUGAAGACCUGCUCACAAGUUGUAUCUCACAGCAGCAUGGCAGUUAUACACCAGAAGGCAGUGAAAAUAAUUGCAUACAAAAAUGGAGAUGGAUAUCGAAAUGGGAAGUUAAUUGUGGCUGGAACAUUCCCCAUGCUUCUUACAGAAUGCACGCAGCAACUUGGUCUUGCCAGAGCAGCCUCCAAAGUAUAUACCAAAGAUGGAACCACAAUUCUUUCCUUGCGUGAUUUGGUUUUAUGGGCUUUGGAUGAAUCUUUUAUUCAGAGAGAUUCUGAGGAAAAAAAGAAAGAGACAGCCCCUGAUGGAACAAAAGAGACACGUGUUAAAAAUAUAGAAGUAAACUCAAGAAUGAAAAUGAAAAACAAAUCAUUUCCAAAGUCUGUGACAUCUGAUAGCUUGGAUGGUAUAGAUAAAUCUUUGCUCACCCUCAUCCUCAGAAAUCCUAUUGCCAUCUGGGUAUCUUGUGGUGAACCAUUUCUAUCUCCAAAUGCUUUGCAGAGAGCAGAAAAAAUAGGAAAACAGAACUGGCAAAAAAAGGACAAAAUUUUGGCUGAUCUAGACACCAUGAAACACAAAAUGAGACAGUUAAAAGGGCGACGGGUAGCAGCAUGUCAGCCAACCACCAUGGUUCCCAACAAAAGCCCCUUGCAGCCAGUGGUAGUGGAAGGAGGCUGGACUGAGCAGACGCAAGAGGAAAUUAAACUCAUGGACCUUAUAAGGCAUACAGAGCAGGCAUACUUUUCUGGAGUCCAAGAAUUGCAAUCCAAGAGAAAUUCUCCAAUUGCUCCUAAAUGUAGAACGCUCAAGAAGAGCAGCCUGUAUAAGCAACCCAAUGCAAAGCGAGUAUGGGUUUAUCUAAAUGGAGGCAGACCUGAAGAUGGCACCUUUGCCCGGGGCAAAACCAUUUCAGAGCUGCUAGACGACUGCUCCUCACGGCUCAAACUGGCCCACCCAGCCAGAACACUCUACACCCCUGAGGGAGAGCCAAUUCACUCGUGGGACGACAUAGAAAGAGACAUGGUCAUCUGCGUGACCACAGGACAUGGCUUUAUUACCCCAAAGGAGUUAAAGCAACUGGUGGAGGUCAGAGCAAAUUAUGCCAGAAUCUGCAGGCAGCAGGGCCCUCAAGCCACAGACAUUGUGUUGUCUCCAUCUGCAAAGCUGCAAUCUCUGAAUUUUGAAGCUGAAAUGAAGGAGGCGACUGCUCCGUCAACAGAAGUGAAGGACCACCACACCCCAGGACUUAAGGCAACAAGAUGAUGAGUUUCUUUCAUUCAUGGGUACAAUCUAAGACAUCUCAGAGCUUCCCUGUGGCCAGUAGGGGAAGGAUUAUGUAACAGUCAUGUAAGUUGGGAGAAGGGACCUUCUGAUGUUCAAUAGCAGAGGUGGGAGGCAAAUGCCAUAGUUGAAAGUUAGCCAAAAUUAUUUUAAAGGGCUAUUGAUAACAUACAUUUAUAAGGUUCUGGUUUACUCAAGUAUUUGAACAGCAAGGAGUACCCCAAACUCAGAGGAAAUUGGCAUCAUUUAUUCAUACAGUGUAUAUUUAUGGAAUUUCUAUGUUAUGCUAUCACUGCUCUGGGAGCAGGGGCUACAAUGCCGAACGAGACAGAGUCUUGGUUCUCAUGGACCUUACUAACCUAGUGAUAACACACAGUCCAUCAAAAAGGGAAGCAAAUUAAGAAGUGAGAAAACAACCGUUGAUAAAUGCUAUGAAGGAAUGAAAUUGAAUAAAGGGAUAGAAAGCCACUGGACAAGCCAUUUUUCAAAUGCACAGUAGUUGUCAAAAACUUUGUUGAAUGGAUAAGUAAAUGAAUGGUGAUUUCAAAAUUUCAAAAUAUCAUUUUGCAGAGAAUAAUCACUGUAAUUUGCUACUUUGGAAGCACUCUUUUAUAGAGUUUGGGGAAGAGAGCAGUGGACUUGGAGUUAGUAAAUAAGGACUUAGGUCUGCUGUUAUCAUCAGACUGUGUGACCUUGGGAAAUUCACCUCGCCUGUCUGUGUCUUGAAUAUAGACUGGCAAACACCGAUUCAGCAGAAAACUCUAAACGUUUAGAUAUGCCAGCUUCUAACAGAGGCAAAGUAUAACAAAUGCUGAGAUGUCCUCAAAAAUGUUACAGAAUUUAUAUUUAUCUCAGGAGAACUACAGUGUCAUCACUGCCACCACCUCUUCCAUCACCACCAGGUGGUCAGAAGGAGUUGUCUCCCAGGAGGCAGGAGCUCAGGUGCUGAAAUCAAUGAGUGUUGGCUGAGGAACUACCUGCUAAGCAUCAGACACCAUGGUAGUUCUUUACAUUCAUUAACCUGUUUAGCGCUCACAAGAAUUACUAGCUCCAUUUUGCAGAUCUGGAAACUGAGGCACUGACAUCAGAUAACUUGCCUGUGGUCUCAUAGUGAAGAAGGGGCAGAAUGAAGCCUGACACCGAAAGCAUGAGCACUAACCCCUUACAUAACAACUACUCCAUUUGUCCAUUCAAGAAGUAUUUUUUUGAGCACCUACUAUGUGCUAAGAACUUUUUGAUCAGGUUCAGUUUGGCAGUAAGUGAUAACACUCCUUUGUGUCCAGAAAAAAAAAAAGCAAGUGCACAGAGGAGAGAGAAUAAAGGGGGGUGAAUACAGAGUACACGCUCUUGUUCCUUUGAUUGAACUCAGGAGAAACAACAUUUUUUUUGCUACCACUCUCUGAGCUUCUGGAAUCUCUCUGUCUGCUCUCUGUUUGAACUUGGGCAAAUAUAAAACUUACAUUUUCUCUGUUCCUGGAGCUUUCAGAAUCCCAAAGCAUUUGGUUUAGAUUAAAUCCCUUGACCGAGGCAUUAUAAUUCGGCUUCAACACAGAUGAUCCCGUCACCCGUCACCUUAUCUAACCUAACUGCUUAUUACAGUAACAGAGUACACUAGUCUGGAGGCAGGGGCAGGCCCGGGGAGAGAAGGUCACGCAGGUUUAGCAGCCACAUGUACACAGCAGGGUGGUGUGCUUUUAGAAUCUCGAGGGGUGGAUUCAUAAAAUCCAAUCAGGAGCAUGUGUAUGCAUUUAUAGAAGCCUUUAUUUUAUUUAUUUAUUUUUUUGCCUGAAUCUAAAUUAUAGAGAUUUUAAUAGCUCCAGUAAUUAGACAAGUAUGCAGUCAACCCCAUUAUGUUCCUGUGUAAUAUCACACUCCCCAGGGCCCACCUUCCCUGCUUGCUGGUCUCCCUGCAUGGGCCCCCGGCCCCCUAUUUUCUACCAUAGGGAAGCAGUUUUCUUUUCAAAGAGCUCACUGUUCACAUUGUUUUUGUUCCUUCAAUCUGGAGGUUGGAUUUGCUUUCUCAGCGGUUUCCCCAUUGCAUUGCCCCGUGGUGUAAGAAAAGGAUAGAGAGGGGCCUGAUCUUUCGUCCAAAUUCCCCACCAUGGCUAGUGCCUAGGGCAUGUGGGAGGCUGCACAGUGGAUGCCAUCACGGUCGAGAAGGCACUUAGCACGGUGACUGGCACAGGCUAGACCCUUCACCAACACUCACAACUAACUCAGCU